UUGGAAGAAGAAUGCAUUCUUCAUUUCAUCCCCUUUUCCUCCAUCUUCAUCCAUCACAAAAAUGGCCACCAAAUAGUUUAGAAAAUCAUCCAAAAAGAAGAAAAACAACAAGAAAAAGACAAAGCCAUGGAACCUACAAUGGCAGGAAACAUAGCCGAAGGAAACAGAAACAUCGUGUGUCAAUACAAAGACAACGUUGCCACAUUCGGAAUCUGGAUCACCCGCAAUCCAUUAAACUUCUCCCUUCCCCUCAUCCUCCUCCAGCUCGCCGCCAUCUCCCUCGCCUCGUUGCUCAUCGAGAUCUUCCUCCGCCCCCUCGGCCAGUCCUCCAUCGUCGCGCAAAUCCUCGUAAGCCCCGUCCCUCCCCGGAGGACCGGAGACAGUAACGAAUUAUAACUGAUUCCCGUUUUUCCCCGCGCAGGGCGGCAUAUUGUUCGGGCCCUCGGUGCUCGGGCACGACGGCAUCAUGGGGUCCAUCCUGUUCCCGGCCAGAAGCAUGCUCACGCUCGAGACCGUGGCCGUGUUCGGCAUCAUGUUCUUCCUCUUCGCCAUCGGGGUGCGCACCGACACGAGGAUGAUGGUCAGGCCGGAGAGGCAGGCCGUGGUGCUCGGCUUCACGGCCAUCUUCGUGACGCUCGUGUUCUCGCUGUGGCUGACGAUCUUCCUCGCCACCCACGUCGCCAUGGACAAGUCACUCGCCAAGGCCCUCCCCUUCUUCGGGGCCGCCCAGUGCCUCACCGCCUUCGCCAACGUCUCGUGCCUCCUCAUCGAGCUCAAGAUGGCCAGCUCCGACCUCGGCCGCAUCGCUAGCUCCACGGCCAUGUUCACCGACCUCGUCGGGAUGUGCCUCUUCAUCACCAUGGCGGGCGUGCUCCAAUCCGCCUUCGAUGUCAAGAAAUCGGUCCAAGCGCUCGGAUCGGCCUUCCUCUUCGUCAGCAUAAUGGUUCUCAUCAUUAGGCCUCAGAUUCUCAAGUUAGUGAAGAAAAUCCCCGCAGGGAAGCCAUUGGGGCAUAACUAUGUCUUCACUUGUUUCACUUGCAUUCUCAUUGUUGGACUCAUCACUGAGGUGAUCGGGCAGCACUUCAUGCUGGGGCCCCUCGUGCUCGGCUUCAUCACCCCGGACGGGCCUCCUUUAGGCGCCCCGAUGAUCUCGAAGCUCGACCUUCCCAUCGGGAAGUUCCUCUACCCGACCUUCCUGACCACAAGUGGCAUCAAGACAAACAUCUUCAGCAUCAAUCUCCGGAGCUUUGCAAUCUUGGCAUUUGUCAUCACUUCCUGCUGCAUCACUAAAAUUCUGGCCAUCGUGAUCGCCUCCAGAUUCUGUAACAUCGGCCUACAAGACUCCGUCGUCGUCGGCCUCGUAUUGAACGCGAGGGGCAUCUCCGAGCUCCUCAUGUUCAAUCUGUGGCGCGACGGCGGGAUCCUCACGGAUCAGGAGUUCGCCCUCAGCGUGAUCUCCGUCGUCGGCGUGAUGGCGGUGAUCACGCCGCUGAUCCGGCUUCUCUAUGACCCGGCCCGGCGGAUCAUGCCCACGAAGCGGAGGACUAUCCAGCACUCGAAGCGCGAGGCCGGGCUGCGGAUCUUGCUCUGCAUCCACAACCAGGAUAACGUCCCGACGAUGGUCAACCUCCUCGAGGCCUCCCACGCGACCGAGAUGAGCCCGAUAGGGGUCGUCGCGGUGGUCCUCGAGGAGGUCGUGGGCCGGAUCACCGGGAUGCUGGUCUCGCACCAGACGACGCGCUCGCUCGACCCGAACAACGCGAGGUCGAACCAGAUCGUGAGCGCGCUCCGCCAGUACGAGCUCUACAACCAGACGUGCGUGACCAUCCAGCCCUUCAGCAUCGUGUCGCCGCUGCAGACGGUGCACGACGACAUCUUCCGGGUGGCGAUGGACGAGAGCGCGACGGUGAUCAUCCUCCCCUUCCACAAGCACUGGGAGAUCGACGGGUCCAUCGGGUCCAUCAACAAGUGCGUGCAGAGCAUGAACGUGAAGGUGCUCGAGCACGCGCCCUGCUCCGUGGGGAUCCUCGUCGACCGGGGGGUCCUCACGGGGCAGCUCUCCAUCCUCAGCAGCCAGUUCACGUACCGCGUGGCGGUCAUCUACAUCGGCGGGGCCGACGACGCCGAGUCCCUCUGGUACGGCGCCCGGAUCGCGGGGCACGACAACGCGACGCUGACCGUGAUCCGGUACCUCCUCUACGGCUGCGACUCGGCCCGCGAGCGGAAGCACGACAACUCCCUGAUCGACGAGGUGAGGCAACAGAACAUCGAGAACCAGGACUUCGUUUAUCAGGAGCAGGUGGUGAAGGAUGGAGUGGGGCUGGCCUCAUCCCUCAGGGCGCUCGAGAACUGCUUCGACUUGUUGAUCGUGGGGAGGAACCACCAGUCCCAGAUACUGCUGGGCCUCGGGGAGUGGAGCGAGUGCCCCGAGCUCGGUGUCGUUGGGGACAUACUCGCGGCGCCGGACUUCGGGAGCACGGCAUCCGUGCUGGUGCUGUAGUGGCAUACAGGCACACCAACCGCAACAACUCGGAUCCCAUUUCAGCAGCAGUUAGCCGAUGCAGGCUCGUACUCCUGCCAAUUCAGUGGCGGCCGAUAGUGACAAGAGGUUUCAGGGUCUCUCCGGC